GAGUCCUACGACGUGAAUGAAUGCCUCGCUCCAGCCAAACCACGUUCUGCAGGUCUAUCUUAAAGCCGAGUCCCAAACAAACCGACGCUCGGCAGCCGCUCCGCUCCAAAUAUAUUCUGUCCGGCAUUUCGCUCCGCCAGGACGGAAGGAGUGCGGGCAGGAUGAUGGUGUGGUGGGGAGAGAUGGCGCUAACCUAUGCUAGUCUAGAGCCUAAUUAACCAUUAAUUUUAGCGACGAAUCGAUCGCGCGCCGCUAGUCGCAGGUCCGGAUCCCGGAAGGAGGAGGAGGAGGAGGAGGCGAAGGUCAAAGGCGCGGGAGGGGACUGGGGAUGGGGAUGGGGACGGGGAAGGGAAGCGAAGGGAAAAGUGCCAUGAUCUGCAUGCGCUCAUGCCGGAGGUGACGUUUUCGUGACAGAUUCGCAAACAGUUUCGCAACUUGGCAACAAACAAGGGAAUAUUGGCAACAGAGGCGAUCCAUGAGCGAGGGCGGGCAGGCAGGCAGGCAGGCAGCAGAUGUCAUUUUUAACCCGUGCAGAGAUUUAUUGGCCUGCUCAGGGUCGCCACGUGGUGGUCCUUGUGUUCGCCGUACCCGAAGAAGCUCCUAGAGAGGCGCGGUGCCAGGGUGCCGAUCGCGCUCUUAUUUAGCCGGUUCUUACUUCUACCGCCUCCUAAACGACAACCGGCAACUGUCCCUCCUCUCGCAGGGAUCUCGAAACCUCGGCGCAAACUUUGCACAUUCAUCCGUUGGGAAUACUGCGGGCAUGCGCCCGGCCCCCCGGGCUCCUCUGCUCUGCCCUCGGCUCUGAGCCCUCUUCUCGAUUUGGCUGUGACGUUGGACUGACUGGCGACCGCGGUUCGGAUCGGUCUCGUCUCGGCUCGCACUGUGCUCGUUGGAACCCGCACUGGACUGCGGCCUGUUGUUUGUCGAUGCUCGGCUAGCCGAGCCGAGCCAUAUUCGCUUCUCCAUCGGUCAGAGCGGUAACUGAUCCAGCUGACCCAGGGAAUGAAGCGGGUUCCGAGGGCCCGAUCGCUCCAACGACGACAACAGGGCGGGCACGAGGCGGGCGAGACUGUUGCUUGUACUUUUUCGAAUCGCGGCAGUCAUCAUGCGAUUCGUACGUGGGGGAUCCGGUGGUCGAUCGGACGCUGGAGAAGUAGCGAUUGCGGUCAGAGGCUCAGAGAUCUUCGGGAGUGAGUGUCAGAACACAAGCCUUCGCGUGGCGAUGCAACACCUCCUCAUCUGGUGGACGCCAGUGCUGUAACUAUUUGCUUGCGAGUUCCUCCUCUCGCGAAUCUGGACAAAGUCGUAACUCCUCGCCACCAGCACGCACCAGCAGCUGCAGCUGCGAUCGAUAGAAAGCUCCUGGCGAGAGUCGUCCCGAACCCGAACUAGACCGCGAACUGGAGAGAGUUUCAGGACGUCUGUCAACACGUUGUCUUCGUUGUGGGCCAAGGCGGCCGUGGACUUACCGACAGUACUGUUGCAGUCGAGUUGGAAGUCUGAUGUUUGAGCUUUUGGAAGGACAGCAAGGGCCCAAGCAGCUACAGGACACACUGUAUUUUGAUUCUCGAAGAGGUGCUCUCUCCUCUCGGGCGACGCUUCAAGCUCUCGCCGAGCUUAUCUUCUCGGAGUCAAAGGCGGGAGCUUGACCGGCCCCGGCCCCGGCCCCUGCCGAGAUUCCCCGGCUCAAGCACCCGUCCUCCCUCCAUCCCAUGCCCUGUUUUCAAGGGCUGGCCGCGAUGAGCAAGUGCUGGCCUACCUAGCUUGGUUCUGGAUAGUGAAGAACUGUGGUGUGGAUAGAAGGACGAUUUGCACGCGCUGCCGAAGUUGAAUUCAGCCUUCGUCAAACAAAUGACAAUCGCUGAUUUGCACAAUAAACCAAUUGAUCCGGUUCAUAUCUCCUGAUCCUGAGUAUUUUGUAUUUAUCAGGUGUGAAGAGGAAGGGGGUCCCGGGUCAUCGAACAAAAUCGUCUUCGAGCCCCUCUCAUACAGAGCUGCAGCUGCUGCACACUCGAUGAUUUCGUCGUACUAAGCCCUACUUUGAAGCCUCGAUAUCUAGGCCGUCAUGCCGUCCUACCUCACCCGAGCUUUACGCGCAUCUUCAGCUCAAAAGAGGCAUAAUGUUAUCUCCCCCUAAUGUCUCCCAUCUCAAUCAGGGCGUGCACCUGUAACGCUCAGUACAAGGCCGUCUGUUCUGUUUGAUCAAGAUAACACUUGGGCAUAAUUUUUUUUGAACUAUCUCCCUCGAUGCGGCAUGGAGUAGAUCUGUCACAAGGCCCCAAUUUUUAUCGGUUUCAGAGUCAGAGCGCAAGCACGAGAGGAACUGAUAGUUUGUGUGUGCGUGGAGCUUGGGGCUUGGCUGGGGCUGUUUGAGGGCCGGCCAAGACUCAGAUCUACCGGUCGGCUUAGCACCGGUCAGACACGCACCUUCCAUGAUGGUUCGAUGUAGAUACAUACAUCCACAAGUCCAAAAGUGGAUAAGAUCCUGUCUGGAGUGCACAUGGAUCCAAAUCCAUAUGCCGUUUCAACCGACUCUCAUCAAUCGAAGACGAGUUUGUUCUCGCAGCAACACAGUUUUCCACGAACGAUACAUCGGAUUUACAUUCAACUGCAUUAUAAUACUUAUAUCGUCUGGCCACCGUGGCCACUCAUCUACCAUGGUCCUACUAGUUAGAGAGAGAUUGAGACGUUACGAAGGGAAGGGAAGGUAAGAUAAGGACAAUGCAGACUAGAUUUAACCCCGUCAGUCCUUACCUUCUAAGGCUGGACCAUGUGGGGUGAUCGUCCUUACAGGCAUGAAUUGCGACGCAGGUGAAACAUCGUGAAAAACAAACGGGAAGUCGUGCAGUGCUUGCGAAUGAAACAUAGACAACUAUUCGAGUGAUAUAUUCGUCCCGGGCCGUGCCAUAAGUUGGUCAUGAAUGCUGGGAUGGGAUGAGAUUGGAUGGGCUAUGCUCGCUAGGCUUGACUUGCUCUACGGGGCAUGCGCGCUAUGUGAACUCAGGCCCUGAGGCCAGAGGGAGGUAGGGAGGGAGAGCAGCUACAUACAGUAUAUCGGGCCUUAUUCAGAUUACUCUUCCAGUUCGGUUCCCAACAUCCGUUGUCAAAUUCGCUUGUUACGUAAUGGCAUUCGUUUCUCGUGGGAGUGGAAAAUAAUGACGUACGUGGCAGGUGUGAGAAAAGUUCUUGCUACCUGGCCAGUGGUACUGCUUUGUACGAGGCCUCCUCCUCCUCCUCCUCCUCCUCUGCCUCUCUUUCACUCUCGGCAUUGGAGGAUGACACUAAAAGAUCUUCCACAGCGUACCCAGCGACGUGCUCUUCUCCACAUUUGCACUUGUCGAUCUGGUAAUCACCUACUCCCGGUUCGCUUUCUCGCUGAGUCUUAUCAGCUUGACGGAGACGAGCCCUCGCGUUGUAUAGGAGGCAGGGAGGGCAGCUCUCAGUGAACAUUCUUGCCUUUGGCCACAUGUUUAUCAAAUCAUUUGCUUUGACAAGUCUCUUGCGUUGACAUCUAUCGUAUC